ACGUAGAUCCCCGGUUUAAAGCUUUACGAACAGUAUGAUCAUUACAGAAAAGCGGAACUUUUACAUGUUUUAGUUGUGCUGAUAUCGUCGGGAGAUUUCAGCGAUGCGCCCACAGAAACACACCGAUUCCGGGGUCCUGGAGGUUCGGUUCGUGGGAGAUGGAGAUGUGUUGGACCACAUUGUCGAUAAACAUGAGGGUGUGAAAGUGGCCCAUGGGUCUGUACAGACACUGGUGAACCUUGAAACUCCCAAAAAACUGCAGUCAAAGGUUAAAGAGGUGGAGGAAGAAGAUGAGGUUUUCAAUGAGGAAAACUAUGUUGAGGCCCUGGGUACUGGAGCAGAAGAUGGAGCAGAAAAUGGAUCUGGUGCUGCUGGAGCGACAGUGUUCACUUUUCAAACCAUCAAACGCUCCAAUAAGAUGGCUCAGAUGGCGUCUGAGUGGGCACGCACCCCGGGGAAGAGUGUCACCUUCAGCACCCCCGACACAGAAGAGGAGCCCUUGAGCUCACCCCGUGCCUCCAAGAGUCACAAGACUCCUCAGAAGACUCCCCAAAAGGGAAAGAAGGUGCAGUUUGUCUCAACUACCCCCCACAGACUGAGAAAGAGACUUAUAGCUCCCAACCUGAAGUCAGACAGUGACAGUGACUUCUCCCCCUCCAAUUCGGAGGAAGAAGACGAUGAUGAAGAGGUAGAGGAGAAAGUUUUGAAAACAGAAACACCACAGAAAACUCCCAGCAAGACAUCUGCAGCUGCAGCAGCACUCUAUAAGACCCCAGCCAAGAAGACCAAGAAAGCUCCAGAGGCCAACCUGGUGGAAGAAUACUUUGAAGCCCAUAGCAGUUCCAAGGUGCUCACGUCUGAUCGGACCCUCCAAAGACUCCAGACCCCCAAACUGGAUAGGGAAACCCUGCUCAGGCUUUUGGAUGGAAAACCUUCUUGUUAUUCAGAUGAAAUUAAUGAACUGAACAAAAAGCAUGAGAAACACUUCAGCAAGUGGAUGCUACAGUUGCAGUUGGGCUUUAACAUUCUGCUGUAUGGUCUUGGCUCGAAAAAGAGUCUGUUGGAGAGGUUUCGCAUUGCCAUGCUGGCUGACUGCUUCCACCUAGUGGUCAAUGGCUUCUUCCCAAGCAUCACGCUGAAAUCGAUUUUGAACGCUAUCACUGGUGAGGUACUGGAACAUCAAGGCAGUUUUCGGACACCUAUGGAUCAGAUAGACUUCAUUACAAAGACUCUCAAAGAAGACCCGGACACCCACAUCUACCUGAUCAUUCAUAACAUUGAUGGCCCAAUGCUCCGUGGCGAGAAGACCCAGCAGGCACUGGGGCAGCUUGCCUCUAUCCCCAACCUGCACCUGCUGGCUUCCAUCGACCACAUCAAUGCCCCACUUGCGUGGGACCAGUCUAAGAUGAGCUUAUUUAACUGGCUCUGGUAUGAGACCACCUCCUACCUGCCGUACUCAGAGGAGACCUCCUAUGAGAACUCUCUCCUGGUCCAGCAGACUGGAGCCUUGGCUCUCAGCUCCCUCACACAUGUCCUGCGCAGCCUCACGCCCAAUGCCAGAGGGAUCUUUAGACUGUUGGCAGAAUUUCAGUUGGAGAACAAAGACAAUCCUUCAUAUACAGGUUUGUCUUUCCAAGAUUUUUACCAGCGCUGUCGUGAAGCUUUCCUGGUGAACAGUGAUAUCACACUGCGAACACAACUGACAGAAUUUAGAGAUCACAAGCUCAUCCGCACCAAGAAGGGUGCUGAUGGGGUUGAAUACCUUCUUAUCCCUGUGGAUACAGGAACUCUCACUGACUUCCUGGAGAAAGAGAAUGCAGAGUGA